AUGCUUGCCUUCUUCCUGGCUCGAACCCAGUUUCCUCCUGGUCCGUGCCCACUGCCCAUCCUUGGAAAUCUGUUGCAGUUGCGUUUCCAGCUUCACCCAGAGAAGCUCAGCCAGCUGACCAGGAAAUAUGGAAGCAUCUUUACUGUGUGGCUGGGGUCCACCCCAGUGGUAGUACUCAAUGGUUUCCAGGCAGUGAAGGACGCCUUGGUCACUCAUUCAGAGGACUUUGCCGAUCGGCCAGUUACUCCCCUCUUUGAGGACCUCUUCGGUGACAAAGGGAUCAUCUCGACCAGUGGUCAUGCCUGGCAACAACAGAGACGUUUUGGCCUCAUCACCCUACGUGCUCUGGGAAUGGGCAAGAAAGUCCUGGAGCAGCGACUGCAGGAGGAGGCUCAGUACCUGGUGGAGAUCUUUCACAGACAGAAUGGCACAUCCUUUGACCCCCACGUCCCCAUUGUCAGGGCAGCAGCCAAUGUGAUUUGCGCUCUAGUGUUUGGCCAUCGUUUCCCCCAUGGGGAUCCCUUCUUCCAAGAGCUGAUGAAAGCCAUUGACUUUGGGCUGGCCUUUGUCAACACCAUCUGGCGCAGGCUGUAUGAUGCCUUUCCAUGGCUCCUGCGCCAGCUCCCUGGACCUCACCGAAAGAUCUUUAGGUAUCAGGAGAUUGUGAAGAGUCUCAUCUGCCAGGAGAUUGAGCGCCACAAGCAAAGGGCGCCCGAGGACUUAGAGGACUUUAUCAGCUGCUACUUGGCUCAGAUCACCAAGAGAAAGGAUGACCCUGCCUCAACCUUUGAUGAAGAGAAUUUGAUCCAAGUCAUCAUUGACCUGUUCCUCGGGGGCACUGAAACAACUGCCACCACCCUGCGCUGGGCAUUACUCUACAUGAUCCACCAUAGGGACGUCCAAGGAAAAGUUCAGCAGGAAUUGGACACAGUCCUGGGGCCAUCCCGAGUGAUCAGCUUUAAGGACCGAAAGCUCUUGCCUUAUACCAAUGCAGUUCUUCAUGAAGUACAGCGGUUUUGUAGUGUCAUCUCUGUGGGUGCCGUGCGCAAGUGUGGGACAGCCACCACUGUACAGGGAUUCCCCAUCCAGAAGGGUACCAUCGUCUUACCUAACCUGGCCUCGGUGCUCUGUGACCCUGAACACUGGGAGACCCCGUGGCAAUUCAACCCUGGGCACUUCUUGGAUGGAGAAGGAAACUUCGUGAUCCACGAGGCCUUCUUGCCCUUCUCUGCAGGUCAUCGGGUGUGCUUGGGAGAGCUCCUGGCCAAGGUGGAGCUCUUCCUGGUGUUCGCAAAUCUCCUUCGGGAGUUUCGGCUGCGAGCUCCGGCCGGGGCCUCCACCAAUGAGCGAGAUUACAUCCUGUGGGGCACGAAGCAGCCCCGGCCCUACGACAUCUGUGCCAGCCCUCGUCUGGGCCGCUUUCAAGGAGGCCCCAGGAAGGACCGGCUGGAAGCGGCUGAGAUGCAAAGAGAAGGAGGCACAGACCAGUGAGUGCAGGGCCCUGGCCCCACCUGGGCAGCAUCCCAGGCCGACCUGCACACAGCUGCCCCUCCUGGUCUGCCAGGCCUAAGCUUGCAGCUGCCAAACCUUCCUUUAUCCUGGCCCUCCGGAUGCCUUCUGGAAAAGCAGUAGGAGAGUUGGAAUUGGCAGUGAUUUGGGUUCUAAUUCUGCUGCCUGGCUUUGACGAGAUGGACUUGGAAUGUGUUUUUUUUUUUAAUUUCUGAACUUAAACACCAAAAUAAUGAGUAAUUCCAUACAAAGCCAAAGAGGAUUUUAUAUAAGGCAGUGAAUCUCCAUUUUAUGCUCCUUACUUUUUUCUCCAUCUUGGAUUAUUGCUGCAUUUUACUUAAAACUUUUGUUUAUAAAUCAUCUAAAAUUUUCCCCCAGGAUAUGAUCAGGGAGGUAGACUCCAAACGAUCCCCCAGUGCAAAUAUCAAUAAUAUUGAAAUAGGUCUUGAUCAACGACACGUGGAAAACCCAGUGGAAUUGUGUGUCGGCUACGGGAGAGAGUAGGGGGAGGGGAGGGAAAGAAUAU